ACAAUGUGUCAAAUAUCCAAUUUUCACACAUUUUCUUUUCUCUAUAGGUCUGCUGGAUUUUGUUUCAUCUUUGCAUGUUUUUAUAUGUUUUUAACUACCUUCCCAUUUUUGAUUGGGGCACCUCUGCAGAAAUUUGUAUGCAAACCAAUACUGAGUGGGGAUCUAUGGGAACAGACAAUUGAUAACUACGAUGGUUGGUCUGAAGGCUAUUUUCUAGGUGACCUUGUAUUCCAGAACAGCAGCAUUGAACUAACAAUGACUGGCGUAUUAAAGGACUGUGGUGACAAUAAGACACCCUAUAAGGCUUUAAAACUGGACAACCUUAAUCUUCUUGACCAGUACCUAGACUUUGAACAAUAUUUAAAUGCUUCUGAGUUUGAUGAUAUGAAAAAUGUGGAUUUCAGUAACAUAGAGAUAAUGUCUGAUGAAACUGAAGACAAUUUAAAUGAUUUCAAAAAUGCUGGUGUUCAAAACAUUGACUGGACAGCUUAUGAAGCAGAGCUAAAUGAUGAUUUGACAGAUUAUGGUGAUGAUUUAACCGGUUUUGCAGACUUGAUCAAAAAAUAUAUUGAUGAUAACAACGUACCU